CACAAAGUUGUUCCAAUACUUUUUCAAAGAUAAAUCAUCUACCUCAUUCACUAUUAUGUCAAAAAAGUCAAAACAGACAUCACCUAACCCAUUGUAAUGUUUAUGAUCUAACAAAAUUCAAAAAUAUGAACUUCGUUUGCAUAGAAAGUGGAAGUCUUUUAUUUGGUAAAAGGUUUUUCCAAAUAAGUAAUCACAAAUAUGGUUGCAGGCUAUUUAGUCAUCGAGGUUUAGCCGACAAAUACCAAUCGAAGGCUGUUGAAUCGAACGAUAUCAAUGAAGAAUAUGUUAAAUGUGAAAACGAAUCCAAUAAAACCGACCAACAAAAGUUCAGCUUAAUACUUCCACCCCCAAAUGUAACCGGUCAUUUACAUAUCGGUCAUGCUAUGAUGGCGACGAUCCAAGACGUUCUUGUACGAUGGAAACGCUCACAGAAAUACGACGUACAAUGGAUUCCCGGAACAGAUCAUGCUGGUAUUGCCACACAAGUUGUCGUGGAAAAGAUGUUGAAAAAGGUGAGAAAUGUGAGCAGACAUGACAUGGGACGGAAAGAGUUUCUCGAUGAAGUUUGGAAAUGGCGAGAAGAAAAAGCCGGUACAAUUAAACAUGAUCUCACACGAAUCGGUGCUGAUUUGAAUUGGUCAAGGGAAUAUUUUACAAUGGAUGAAGCUCAGAGUGAAGCAGUGAAAAGUGCCUUUGUUCGGUUGUAUGAUCAGAAUUUAAUUUACCGCAGUAACAUGUUAGUUAACUGGUCUUGCACUUUAGAGUCGACCAUAUCAGAUAUUGAAGUGGAGAAUGUCGAAGUAACAGGACCAACCAGGAUUUCUGUUCCCGGAUAUGAUAGUCCGAUAACUUUUGGUGAAAUUUUUGACAUUGCGUACAAGAUAUGCGACAGCGACAGUGAAAUAAUCGUUUCGACCACCAGACCAGAAACACUACUCGGAGAUGUGGCGGUUGCUGUGCAUUCGGACGAUCCAAGGUAUUCCAGUUUCCGAGAGUCACAAUUGUAUUUAUGGCAUCCAUUUCGGAAUGAGAAAAUUCCAUUGGUUUUCGACGAUUCCGUUGACAAAGAUUUUGGAACAGGUGCAGUUAAGAUCACUCCAGCCCAUGAUAAAUUCGAUAAAGAAAUAGCCGUACGUCAUUCACUGCCAUCGGUAUCGGUGAUAAAUGAGAAAGGUACAAUAUGCGAAGGAUUCGAUCAAUUCUCUAACCAAAAACGGUUUACUGCUCGUGACUUGAUGAAGAAUGAGUUGUCGCGUCGAGGACUUUUGCGGAAUAUUAGGCCACAUAAUCUCAAAUUACCGGUGUGUUCGCGUUCAAAAGACAUUAUUGAAUUGAUGGAUCGACCACAGUGGUUUGUGCGAUGCGAAGAGUUGGCCCGAAAUGCUAUUGAAGCUGUUGCGACAGGUGAAAUAAGAAUUCAUCCUGACAACUUCAAGAAAGAUUGGUGUAAGUGGUUGUCACCUAGCCAUGAUUGGUGUAUCUCCAGACAAUUGUGGUGGGGUCAUCAAGUACCAGCGUAUGAGUGCACGUUUAAAGACAAAACAAUUUGGUUGGUUGGUGUCAGUCUAAAAGACGUUGAAAAGAAGGCAAUGAAAGCUUUCAAUGUUGAUACAGUCGCCGAUAUUCAAAUCGUACAAGAUGCUGAUGUGUUGGACACAUGGUUCUCAUCAGCAUUACUACCCUUUUCAGCAAUGGGAUGGCCAAAGGGAGAAGACUUUUAUGAACGAAACUAUCCGUUAGACGUGAUGGUGACAGGACAUGAUAUCCUUUUCUUCUGGGUAGCAAGGAUGGUUAUGCUCGGGCAAAUUUUGACUGGUCGUGUUCCCUUCACCGAUAUACUACUUCACGGUGUUUUAUGUGACGCUAACGGUCGAAAAAUGUCGAAGAGUUUAGGCAACGUUAUAACACCCGAACAGGUCAUUAAUGGCGCAACUUUAGAGGAUCUUCGCAACGAUAUACAAAAAUCAUAUGAAAAUGGUGUGCUAUCCUUGGAUGAAGUGAAAAAAUCAAUUAAAGGACAGCAGCAGCUGUUUCCAAAGGGCAUUCCACAGUGUGGAACCGAUGCACUUCGUUUUACGCUGUGUAGUACGGAUGUAACGAGCCACUUUAUCAAUUUCGAUGUUAAUCAGUGUCACGCGAACUCGCGGUUCUUCAAUAAAAUCUGGCAGGCAGCGCGGUAUACAAUAGCAUCACAUGAACAGCUCAAUUUGAAUCUGUAUGAUGCGAUUUGUUUGAAGAAAUUGGAGCUCGCCGAUAUGGAUCGAUAUAUUUUGAGUCGUCUUGGUAAUGCGUUGCUACAAAUAGAUAACGCAAUGAAGUCAUACAAUUUUCAUAUCGCCACCGAUGCGUUGAAAAGGUUCUUCUACGGUGACUUGUGCGACGUCUAUUUGGAAACAACGAAGAAAAAUAUUUCCAGCAAGGAUUCUAGUGGAGCAGUACACUGUCGUGUUCUAGCAACGUGUUUGUCGAUUGGUCUAAAUUCAUUAGGUCACUUCGCCCCUUUUGUAUGCAAUGAACUUCUAAGACAUCUGCCGAAAAUAUCUGAGUUUCAGCCAGAGGAAUGGAUAGACAACGCACUCGAAACGGAAAUUUCAAAUUUAUUACGAAUAUGUUCGGCUAUAAGACAACUUAAGGUGGACAAUAAAGUCAUCGGAAAACAUGCUCCUGUGGUGCACCUGUACAUUCACACUGAGUCUAUGUAUGAUAGUCUACGUCCAUUUACCUCACACAUUGCAAAGUUAGCACUCGUAAACGACGUUGUACUGAACGAUUCGUCAAGAAUUGUCGAACUGGAAAAGUUUUCGAUAAAAUCAACGGCUGGUUAUGAAUGCUCGUUUGGAAUUGAAACCAAUCAUUUGUAUGAGGCCGAUAACGGAACAUCUGAAUUGAAUGCAAAGAAACUGAAGAAAUUGGAGAAUGAGCUGGAGAAACUAUUAAAAAGGGUGUGUACAAAGGGCUACGCGGAAUCGGCUCCUCAAGACGUCCAAGAUAAAAUUACCGAAAAAAUCAAUAAACUAAAAACUGAAAUUGGGAGCAUGAAACAGCUCCGACACCAUGGCUAGUCACCGUGUUCAGGUCUGUUUAGAGAUAUAAUUUAUUACAAAAGUAAAUAGUUGGAAAUGCUUAGUAACGUC